ACACAGAUUGUCCACGCGCGAGUGCCGUUUGACCUCCUCGUCCGUGUCUCUCUCCCCCCCAAUUACAGUUGGACGAUCAUCGACAUUCCCUCUACCAAAACCAAAACCAAAACCAAAACCAAAAUCAAAACCAAAUCUAUCAUCGCUUCUAAGUUCUAAGUUCCAAUGGAGGGCGGAAACGGCCUCAAUCUAACAGAGUUCCUAAAGCAACCUGCAAUCAUGGAAACAUUCGUCGACAUCUUGCUCUGCACAGUCCCAAUAUGGUUGGCCGUUUCGAUUGGGUUGGUGAUCGGCUGGUCAUGGCGACCUCGUUGGACUGGUCUAAUAUUUCUUGGCCUUCAAAGCAAACUCAGUUUCUUCUGGCCUGCUCCACCCGGUUUCGGUGCUCGUCGUUUGUGGCUCGCUUUUACUGCUCUUUCUGCCUUCACUGCUCUUCCAACUAUCUGGCCGUCUUUAAUGGGCCAUACCAAACAACCGCAUUCCUCUUCACAAUCAUCAUCAUCGCUGCCUCAGUUAGGAACCGACGAUUUUUCUGAUUGCCAAGCUUCAGAGGCUGAACAUGAUGUUACUGAAAAUGACUUAGAACAUCUCUUGCAUAUUCUUGAGGGAAAGGACGGAGAAUUCUCUUGGCAAAGCAUGAUGGAACGCACGACUUCAAAUAUGUCAUACCAAGCAUGGCGUCAUGACCCUGAGAAUGGCCCAACUAUAUAUCGCAGUCGAACGGUGUUUGAAGAUACAACUGCUGAGCUGGUGAGAGAUUUUUUUUGGGAUGAUGAAUUUCGUCCAAAAUGGGAUCCUAUGCUCACAUAUUUCAAUAUAUUGGAGGAUUGUUCAGAUACUGGAAGAAUGAUCGUCCACUGGAUCAAAAAGUUCCCCUUUUUCUGUAGUGACCGAGAAUAUAUUAUUGCUCGAAGAAUAUGGGAGGCUGGAAGAACAUAUUACUGCAUCACGAAGGGAAUCCCAUAUUCGAGUUUGCCCAAGCGUGAUAAGCCAAGGCGUGUAGAGCGUUAUUUUUCUAGCUGGGUGAUAAAGCCUGCAAACUCUCUAAAAGGAGAUGGACAUAUGACAGCCUCUGAAGUAAAUCUUGUUCAUUAUGAGGACAUGGGUAUCCCUAAAGAUGUGGCAAAAUUAGGUGUCAGGCAUGGAAUGUGGGGAACUGUUAAGAAAUUACAUGCUGGCAUGAGAGCCUACCAAAAUGCUCGGAAUGUUGACAUAACCCUUUCUAGGUGUGCUCUAAUGGCAAGUAUGACUACAAUAAUUCCCUUCGACGAGAAUACCGUUUCCGAGGGUGCAUCUGAUGAAAACGAGCAAAGUCAAACUUUACAUCCUCAUUCGUGUAGAGAGCGAGGCAUACACUGGAAAUUGAUUAUUUUAGGAGGAACUGUAGCAGUUCUUUGUGGACUUCACUCAGGGGUCAUACGGAAAGCGUUGAUGGUUGGAGCUCGGAGAAAAGUCCUGUUGAGCUGAGACAUAUAAGUGGGAGCUAUUCGGAACUUAUAUUUAUACUAGUUUUGAAGCCCAUGUGUUGCACGGAUUCUUGUUUAUAUUAUUUUUUUGCAAAUUUUUUGUUAACAUUGUUCAUUUCGUGUUGCUGUAAAAUAAGAUUUUUCACACCAUUUUAUUUACAUACUUCCUAUGUUCUUUUUCUA